AUGCAGUAUUCUAUUCUGGUAUGCCCAAAAAUGCACACAGUUGCAAGUCACCUCUUUUCAGUGCAUUUCCCUUCUUGUUCUGUGGGCGACGUUCAUCGAAGCCAGAGAUAAGGAUAUCGGAAAAGAUUCCUACGAGACGGGUGACUUCCCAACUAUUAUCGCAUCCAAAUCAAAGAUAAACCCUUCCAGAAAAGUUGGGAUACUGUCCACGAUUCGAGAAAUGGUUCAGAUGCGGAAACGGGUGCGAGAAGAGCUGCACUCAUCCGAAACAGCCAAAGGUUCGAGAAACGGGACUUUCCUGAGGAUUUCAGCAAUUUUCAGCGUUGCAAUCUGCCGUGCAUUCCGUACUCGUGUCGCUGCAAGAAAGGGUACUACCGCGACAAUCAAGGAACCGGCAGAUGCGUCCGGAGACACAAGUGCAAGAAGUGGUGA